CAGCCGAUGAGGAGGAGACACACGCCUCAGAAGCGGAGGAUGAGGAGCUGUGAUGCGUUCACGGUUCACACAAAAGAGAGCGUGUGGCCGUGUGAAGAUGCGGUUCGGGGGAUGCGCUUUUUGGGACUGUGAGCCGCCGGGCGCGGGCGUGUUACGGACUUUGGCUCGUUAAUUCCGCUUCUUAUUUCGGAUCAAGACCAUGAGAGCCGUUUUCGCGAACUUCUUCGCCCUGCUUCUCCUGUGCGCGUUCGGCAGCGUGGUCUACAUAUGGAGCGCGCUGGAGGAGCGUCUGGAGCGGCACAAGCGUGCGUCCUUCUACCCGAGCCUCCCCGUGGAUCUGUCGGUGAAAACUUUCCGGGCUUUACUCGCGGUCCAGGCUGCUCAGAGGCUUCGCAACGUCAGUGGGGUCCCAGCGGGAAGCGUGGAUGGGAAUAAUGCGGGGGACAAGAGGUCACCGCAGCCGGUCAAGUUGGGAUCGCCCGUGGAGGAUGGCGUGUUCUGGAGCGAGUGGCUGGAGGGGCUGAUCCCCGUGGGCUUCAGCGAGGAUUACGCCCGGGCUUGGCGUGGAGAAGCGAGGACGCAGCGGAUAGUCCAGCUGGAGCCUGGGUGCGGCAGGAUUUCCAACCAGCUCGCCACAUUCGCGGACGGAACCAAAGCGUGUGUGCGCUACGGGAUCAACGCGGACCAGGUGCAGGGGGAAACUCUGACCUACUACCUCGCUGCUCUGCUGGGAAUCACCAACCUCCCGCCUCUGGUUUUGUCCCAGCUGGACCGCUACGGGGAGCAGUGGGCGGCGGUGAGGACGCGCAUCGACGGGCUGCAGUGGAGCGACCGCGCGGUGGUUUCUCUGACCGCGUGGGUCCCGAACCUCACCGGGGUGGUGACCCCCGCGUCGCUCAGGCCGGACAGCGGCGGGCUGCGUCCGGUGCGGGAGGACUUCCGGAACAAGUCCACGGCGGAGCUGGUGGAACUGGUGCAGUGGAGCGACCUGAUACUCUUUGACUACCUGAGCGCCAACUUCGACCGGCUCGUCAGCAAUUUGUUCAGCCUGCAGUGGGACCCGCGCGUCAUGGAGAGGGACACCAGCAACCUGCUCCGCACCCCGAGAGGUGACCUGGUGUUCAUUGACAACGAGGCCGGGCUGGUGCACGGGUUUCGGGUGCUGGACAUGUGGGAGAAGUACCACCACACGGUCCUGAGCUCGGUGUGCGUGUUCAGGAGGAGGACGGUGGAGCGGCUGCGGGGGCUGCGCAUGCGCGGCGACGCCAGGAUGAGACUGCUGGAGAGCUACCGAGACAGCGAGCCUUUGUCCGCGCAUCUCGGCUUUCUCUCUGACGAGCACGCGGCUCUUCUGCAGGACAGGAUAGAGCGAUUAUACCAACACAUUCUACACUGCAAAAGCAGAUACAGACCGUCGUGAUGCCUGCGAGCCACGCAGAUGACACACAAGCUUUCUUGGACAAACUGACCUACCUCCUUGUGACGCCUAGCUAGUUUGUUAAGAGGUGUUUUUAAGCUCUUUUGAGAAUUUCACCGCAUGACCCGCUCGGGUCUCUUUGCACACCACCUUCCGGGAGUGUAACGGUGCACUUGGUUAUGUCUUCAUGCCAAUUUUACUUUUUAACAUCUAAUUUAUAAACCAAAACACAACAAAGUGAUGAUAGAAUUUGCCUUUAAUUCUUCCAGACAUUAUUCAUUCCAGAACAUCCCAAACUUUUUCUUAUUGAUUUAAAUAUAGUUUGCAGUUCUCCUGUUUUCCUGCAGGGGAUCUGUUACUGUUACUUAAACGAAUUAUGUGUGAAAAUGUGUUCCUCUCAUACUGACAUUGCAUUACAGUUUGCUUUUGUUGAUGGCUGUUUGAUCUGACAUAUAUAUUUAAUUUUGCCAAAAAAUAAGUCAUAUUUAUUAAGAUAAUCUAUUUAGGUUUAGAGUGUGGGCAACGCCUGAAUUUAAUAUUUAAUUAAUGUAUUAUAUGUCUUUCCUGGGAGUAUGACCAACCCGUCUACAUGUGCUUUGUAGAGAAGGCGUAUGACCGGGUGCCCAGGGAUCGGUUGUGGGAGGUGUUUCGGGAGUAUGGGGCACUCCCGAAGCCCUCUACUGAGGGCUGUUCAAUCUCUGUAUUCCCGGAGCAGGAGUUGUGUUCGUGUACUUGGAUGCAAGUCUGAUGUAUUCCCAGUGAGGGCUGGUCUCCGUCAGGGUUGUGCUUUGUCCCCGAUCCUGUUCUUGGUCUGCAUGGACAGGAUUUCGAGGCGCAGCUCUGGUGAGGAGGGUUUGCGGUUUGGUGGCCUGAAGAUCCAGUCUCUACUUUUUGCAGAUGAUUUGGUUCUGAUGGCUUCAUCAUCGCGUGACCUACAGCUCACGCUGGAUCGGUUUGCGUUUGAGUGUGAAGCGGCUGGGAUGAGGAUCAGCACCUCUGAGUCCGAGACCAUGGUUCUCAACCGGAAACGGAUGGAUUGCUCUCUCCAGGUUGGGACUGAGAUCUUGCCUCAAGUGGAGAAGUUUAAGUAUCUCGGGGUGUCGUUCUCAUGUGAGGGGAUUGGAGAUUAGUCAGCGAAUUGGGGCAGCAGGGGCGGUAUUGCAAUCCCUUUGGCACACUGUUGUCCAUAAAAGAGAGCUGAGCCAAAGGGUGUCAGGCGUCUCCCUUAGAGAUAGGGUGAGGAGUUCUGUCACUCGGGAGAGGCUCGGAGUAGAGCCGCUGCUUCUCCACAUUGAGAGGAGUCAGCUGAGGUGGUUCGGGCAUCUCAUCUGGAUGCCCUCUGGACGCCUCCCUUUGGAGGUGUUCCAGACAAGUCCAGCUGGGAGGGGACCGAGGGGUCGACCCAGGACCAGGUGAAGGGAUUAUAUCUCUACGCUGGCCUGGAAGCGUCUCGGGAUCCCCCAGUCGGACCUCCUGAAGCUGCUGCCCCCUCGACCCGGCAACGGAUUAGCAGUCGACAAUGGAUGGAUUAUACGUCUUUGUUAAAGAAUGAUUUCCAACCUGAAAUUCUAAAUAUGUCUUCAUUAAGUGUCAUAAUAAUUCUGUCAAUUACAUAAAGAAGACAAUCAAAAAGUGUAGAUUACAAUCUUGCACUUAACAACAUAAAAAAAAUACAUUCCUGCUACAAACCUAUGAAUGAGAGAGUCAGUGAAUUUCUGUUUACCGUUACACCCCUGUAUCAUAACUGCUCACAUGACACUUAAAUUGCCUUUUGCUUUGUAGUCUCCUGAGAGCCUUAACUAAAACACAGGUUUGGCUUUUGUGAAAUCCAACUUCACUUGCACACUGUUGUCAUAGCGAUGCACUUCUGUUGUGUUUUCAAUGAAUAUAUUCAGCCUUAAAAUGUCACAGCAAGAGUGUGUCAUUGUACAUGAACUGUAGAUUUUUUUUAUCCUGCUGGUCCUUUUAUUUAAUGUGCAUUGUAACAUUCCAGUUGAUUUUUGAUAAAUGUUUGUGUUAAAACACUGAG